UCCGGGUAAAAAGCAUCGGAAAUGCUUUGGGCUUGCUGAAAGGCGGAUCCCUACGUUCUACUUUGUCUUUUACAAACAGAAUUUUCUCUGCCUUUCUUUCAGCAAGUCGAACCAAACACCAUAAUAAUAGAUUGUAACACAGGUCUCACAUAUAUCUUAACAGAGUAGAACUUGUAGGGGCGGCAGUGGGCAUUUUGUCGCUCUGCUCUUAGCCAAUACGCGGCUAACUUUGAACACAUUAGCACCCAACUUGCCAAGUGUCCUGUAUCGCAGAGGGGCAGCGAUAGCAUCUGUACUAAAUACUGUAAGAUGGCAGACAAUGAACCGAUGUGGGCAUUGAAGAACGGCCAACUGGAAGAUGUCAAAGCGAUAUUGGUGACGGCUGAAGAUGUGAACAGAAUUCUAGAGGGUGGAAGGAUGCCUCUACAUGUAGCUGCAGACUUUGGUCAUGCUGAAGUUGUGGAGUACCUUAUUUCUAAAGGAGCGGACGUUAACGCUCCAGACAAGCAUGGCAUCACUCCUCUGCUCGCUGCUUGUUAUGAAGGCCAUACCUCCUGUGUCAAGAUCCUGCUAGCAAAGGGAGCGAACAAAGCUGUUAAAGGUCCUGAUGGUCUGAAUGCUUUUGAAGCUGCUGAGACUGACGGUUUGAAGGCCCUGCUGAAGUGAGGCAUGAGACACGGCUGGACGAGGCUGGACUGGCAGGGGCACAGGGGGCAGACAAGAGAACUGACGAUGGACGCAGUGCUCACAUGACAGAGGACAAACACAACUCUAAAUCUUGGAACAACCUCUGCCUAAAAUACACUGCUUUGUACCUUUGAUAGAGAUGGUCAGUUUUCUUUGUCUGGGCAUUUUCCCAAUUAUUUUCUUUCUUUUUUUACUCACAGUUUUUGGGUUUCGCUUUGUCUUCUUUUUAACCUCUGAUUGUAGCCAGAGGGUCUGUCAGCUCUGUCUCUCUGGGGGACCAAAAACGUAGAAACUUAUCCAGACAAAAAUGCAAAAACAAUAAGCACUUAAACAUUGUUCCAAAUUACAGCUGAAUUUGAAUAAUUGGCCUUUUUAUACUCUUAGAUGAGACUUAAUUGUAUGGGCAUUUAGUGCAUUGUACUUAAUUAAACUGAGGAAUAAGAGUGGGAAGAAAAUGUAUUUGUGUAUUUUUUUAUAACAAAUUCACCCCUAACCAAAUCACACAACAAAAGGCUUUUUCUCAACUGCUUAAUAAAUGGUUAAUAAAUGGCAAUUUCCAAUCAUCACAUUAACUAAAUAAAUAUAAUAGAUAUAAAUCCACCUGUUUUUGCAACAUAGAAACGAUAAAGUAAAACAAAUGAUAUCUGAGACCAAUGACUUUUAGUAGCAGUUCUUGUAUUCUGUAUUUGGUGGCCAAUAGGAGUAAUAGAGGUGCUUUGUUUAAACUGGAUUGUGGAUUUAGUUGGAAUGGUUUGAAAAUCUGUCUAUUUUGCUGCAUGUCAAACUGCCUCUGCUUUUAUGCUAUGAAAUGGUCACAGUCCUCUUUUGGUUGCUUUGAGAUCACCUACAACGGUGUAGCGGACAAAAACAUGCUCUUGCUGACUUUGUUGUGACAAAAAGUCUGUAAAAACAAAUAAAAAAUGACAAAUAA